CAGUUUCGAAAACCAGAACCAGAACAGAUACAGAGUAAACAGAGAGAAUAAAGCCAUGAAGCUGAGACUACGAUCCCUCGAAACCAAAGAGACGCUCCGACUCGAGGUCCCCAAUCUCUGCUCUCUCAACCACCUCAAACAAUCCCUCUCCCAAUCCAUCUCCGCCGCUCCCUCCUCCUCCCUCCGCCUCUCCCUCAACCGCCGCGACGAGCUCCUCGCCUCCUCUCCCGACGCCUCCCUCGCCUCCCUCGGCGUCACCUCCGGCGACCUCAUCUUCUACUCCCAAACCCUAAUUGGCGACGGCGCCUCCACGGGUGAGGCCACGGCUGAAGAUCCGAGGUCCGGUUCCGAAACCGUAAUCGGCGAAGACGAGGCAUUGGCUGAAGAUCCGAGCUUUGAUUCGGGUAUGGAAACCCUAAUUGGCGAAGGGGCUUCGAUUGCCGGAGAUGCGAGGUAUGCGGUUUCGGAUACUCAAACCCUAAUGGAUGGAAGUAAUUCGAUUUCGGAAACCCUAAUUGGUGAAGGCUCAUCUGGUAUGGAGAUUGAUGAGGAGUCGAGUGGUGUGGUGAGGAAGAAGUACUCGGUUCCGUUUUUCUUGAGGAGAGUAAUGAGGGAGGAGUUGGCUGAAGAUCGUAGCGAUCACAAGCUACUGGUGAUUGCGUUACACGCGGUGCUAUCGGAGUCUCGAUUUGUAAGGUUUGAUUCUGUUUCGGGUGCGCGGGCUGACCGGUGUCAUCUUCCGAAAGAAUGGCCGGCUGUGGCUUAUACAUUGUCCCUCUCGUAUACAUUGCCUGAGAUUCUGCAGAAUCGGGACAAUGGUGGUGGUGGGGUUGAAGCUGUGGUGCUGAAGAUUCAGACUUUGGGGCGUUUUGUUAAUGUGUAUGGGUCUUUGGCCGGUGGCGGCCGCGGUUCUGGGCCUUAUCGUGUGUCUUUGGAUGUGGAGAGGUUUGCUCCGAUGCUUGAUUUUGUGUGGGGAAGCAGGAAUGUGAGUGACAGUGAAGUCUUUGUCCCAGAAAUUGAAAUUUUUGAGUUUUGGAGGAUUGUCAAGGAUGGGAUUACGUACCCAUUGCUGAUUGAUCUUUGUGAAAAGGCUGGUUUGCCGGAACCACCCAGCUUCAUGUGCCUUCCGUUGGAUGUCAAGAUGAAUAUUUUGGAAAGGCUGUCUGGUGCUGACAUUGCGAAAGUGGGAUGUGCUUGUAAGGAGCUACAAAAUCUAGCCAAUAAUGAUGAGCUGUGGAAGCAGAAGUUUCUGGAGGAGUUUGGGUCGGGAGCAGGAGGAACAGGUAACUGGAAGUUUCGGUUUGCUGGGAAGUGGGAGUAUAGGGAGCAACAGAAGAAGGCAUUGGUGAUGUGGAGAGAUCAUAAUAGGCCUGGUUUCAUCCCAAUGAGGAGGGAGCCAAUUCCAUUUGCACCUGGUUUUCCUGGAAUUAUCGGGGAUCCUCCAGGUUUCGGUGUCCCUGAUCCUUUCAGACGACCAAGGUUACCAUACCCUUUUGGUGGCGGUCAGCCCGUGAUAUUUCGUCAUGGGAGGAGGAAUACUUUCUCUCCCAAUUGCAAUCUGGGAGGAGGAUUCAGUGGAUAGUCCAGGACCUUCUCCACUGAUGAGUGCUGCAACUGAAGCUGCAGGUUCAUCCGUUCUUGUUUCGUUUAUAGAAAUAAUAAGCAUACUUGGAUCUCCUAGUACAGCUAAAAGACAGAAGAAUAAUCUGUUUUAGUUGUGUUGGAUAUUGUUCUUGUCUUGAUGACCUUUUGGCUUUUGGAUAUAAUAUGAUUCUGAGUGUUCUGUAAUUACAUUGCUGAUUGCUAGUACAAUGUCAUGCAUGUAGAAGUUAUCUUGCUUUAAUUUAUCAACGAUAUCUAUUCUGCCAGCAUAAUAUGGUUCAUGUUGAUUUGGCCGAGGCAG